AUCUGUAGUCGCCAUUGUUGCUGACUUCAGCCUCAGUCCAUCUUCAGGCUUCAGCCUUCAAGCUCUGCUCCCUACUCCUCCGGGUCUGUCGUCUCCUCGCGGCCGUCCUCCGCUGGCGCUGCCCGACUCCGGCGUCCUCCCCACCGACGCAUCCACCGCUCAAGCCUUAGCCCAACAUUCAUCUGUAUCCCGUGGCAAGGAUCGGGCGCGCGCGCGCGCGCUUGAUUCGCCGCAUCUGAGCGUCACGGCCGCGACCGCGCGCCUUCCGCCGCCUCCCGCCGCACGGCCGCGACGGAUGCUCGGGCACCGCAUCCCCGCCACGCUCCGCCUCCCGCGCGGCGGUCUGCUGCUGCUGCUGGAGAGGAAGGGCAUCACCGCUCGCCGCGGCGUGUCCGUGAUGGCCGGAGGCGGCGAGGCGGAGGAGGGCCCGCUGGGGGGUUUCCUCGAGUACAUGGAGCGGCUGCGGAACUACGAGCGCUCGGGCGUGCCGCGCGGCGCCGGCACCGACUCCGACGACGGGUUCGACCUCGGGCGCAUGCGCAGGCUCCUCCGCCGGCUCGGCGACCCUCACACCCACUUCCCGGCUGUGCAUAUCGCUGGCACCAAGGGGAAAGGUUCUACUGCUGCGUUCCUGUCCAAUAUCAUGAGGGCGCAAGGCUACAAUGUGGGCUGUUAUUCAAGCCCACAUCUUCUAACAAUACGUGAACGGAUUUCUGUUGGAAAUGAUGGAGGCCCUGUUCCAGUAGGACUGUUGAGUGAUCUUUUUGAUGAGGCUAAGGAAGCUAUUGAUGAAGCAAUAGAGUCAGAAAAUGGAUCCCUGACACAUUUUGAGGUUUUCACUGCUCUCUCAUUUCUUCUAUUCUCACAAGAAAAUGUUGACAUUGCCAUCAUUGAAGCAGGUCUUGGUGGAGCUAGGGAUGCAACAAAUGUUAUUCGAAGUACUGAAUUAGCAGCAUCUGUCAUAACAACAGUAGGGAGGGAACAUCUGGCUGCAUUGGGUGGCUCCCUGCAAAGCAUAGCAAUAGCAAAGUCUGGAAUCAUCAAACAAGGACGACCAGUUGUGAUUGGUGGACCAUUUGCAGCAGAUAUUGAGCAAAUUAUUCGUGACAGGGCAUUCUUGACACAAUCUCCCGUGAUAUCUGCUUGUGAUCCUGGCGUGAAGAGCUUUACAAAAUGCAUAGAUUGGGAUAAUGGUAAGCCGUAUCAACGCUGUUACAUCAACAUAAAGAUUUCAAAUGAUGUGCCCUUGUCCAUUGAAAUGCAAGACAUAAACCUCCAACUACUGGGAGAUCAUCAGCGUCAGAAUGCUGUCACAGCUGCUUGCGCAGCUCUUUGUCUCCGUAGUGAAGGAUGGGAUAUCUCUGAUGCUUCUAUCCAAGCGGGCCUAGAAGAGACCCAACUUCCUGGGAGGAGCCAGUUUCUCACAGCAGAGGAAGCCUCAGUACUUGGGCUCAAUGGUGCAUCUACUGUACUAAUCGAUGGAGCGCAUACUGAGGAAUCUGCAAAGGCCUUAUCAGGCGUGAUAAAAACUGUCAGACCAGAAGGGCCUCUAGCGCUUGUUGUCGGAAUGGCUACUGACAAGGAGCAUCUCGCGUUUGCUGAGCAGCUUCUCUCAGGUCAAACGCCUGACGUCGUUCUACUGACAGAGGCGAGCAUCGCCGGAGGAACCUCCCGCGCGAUGCCAGCCUCGUCCCUGAAAGAAGUGUGGAUAGCCGCAGCACGUGAUCAUGGCAUUGAGUGUGUGGACAUCGGUGGCGUCAGUGGCGCUGAAGCCCCAGAGCACAUUGGUGAUCUGUUGGGCAGUCCAUCGUCGAGCUCCGGAAGAAAGCCGCCCAUGGUGAUCGGGUGCCAAGACGAGGGGCCGUUCUCCUCGAACCUGAUCAUUGCUGCCUCCCGGCUCCUGGAGAAGAGCAGAGGCAGGGCUCAUCCAGGCCUCAUCUGCGUGACCGGCUCCCUGCAUCUCGUCGGGGCCGUACUGCAACAGCUGGGACGGCAUUAGAGGAACCAACCAUAUUUCAUCUUUUCAUGCCAUGUACUACACUGGAUGAGUGUGUGUGUGUGUGUGUGUGUGUGUGGCUACACUACACUGAUCUCGGAGUGGUGGGUGCUGUUGCUUAAGCUGUACCGGCUCCUGAUCGAGAAAUUCGAGAUUGGGGAAAAAUAAUCUCGAAUGCCCUUUUUUUUUAGAUUCCGAGAUGGAUCAUUCGUGUGGUGUGCAUUGCAUUUGCAUCUUUGGCUGGUCAUCGUAUGUGGCACUGACACGCGUGGACGGCAGGCAAGCAAGGCAUCUGUGGUGAAGUGGAUC